ACAAUUUUUUAUUAUUUAAAAAAUAAUAUAUAUAUAUAUUAUUUAUUUUCGGGUAAAUAAUAACAAAUUAUGGAGAAAAGUGACACAGACUCCGAGUAUGAAAGCGGUGCUUUAGGACCACCAACUAAGAAGAAAUUACGUACGGAAAUUGUGCAUAAAAAGUGUGUGACAAUAGAUUCAAGACAAGAUUUUAAACCUAGUGAGACCCAAUCAAUUGAUAAUGAAUCACGAAGGUUAAAUAAAGCGCCAAAAACUUCUGCAGAACGUGGUCGAGAAUUCAGAGCACGAAAAGCACUGCUUAAACAACAAUGUAAGCAACAACAGGAACUAGAUGCAAUAGUUGAAAUUGCUACAGAUGAUAUUCAAAGUGCUGGUCCAUCAGAAAACAAUCAACUUCGAACAUGGAUAUUCUAUUACGACAUAUUCGUGAAGUUGAUAUUGGUCAGUCAUCAAUUGGUGAUAUAUGUGCUGCUCAAUGUGUUUUGGACGAUGGAACAAACAUCAUAAUGGUUCUGAAGAAUUAGGAGAAAACUAUCAUACGUUGCCACUAAUCUUAGCAGGAGAUUUCAAUAUCAAUUUCGCAUCCGAAGAUGGACAACUCUUGAUAAACUUUCUACGAGAUACAUUAGAAUUACAAAUGAAUAAUGACCGUAAUGAGCCAACAACAAGGCACGGAACAACAAUCGAUGCAGUUUUUUCAAGAUUUCUGUCUAAUUUUAAUUCUAAAAUAUAUGUAUCGUAUUUCUCGUAUCAUAAGCCUAUUGUCUCGGUUUUACAAUCAACCACAGUAAUUACUGAUGUACCCAAUAAUGAAAAUAACGAAUAAAACAAUGAAAAAAAAUAAAAGAUCUAUGCAAAAAUAUUAAUUUACUAAUGAAAACAUAAAAUAAAUUUAAAUAUUUGUAGGAAAUUAAUAUAUGUAUAUGUGCAUACAUGUAUAUAUUGCACACACACAUUCAUAUAUAUACAUAUAAAU